AUGUUGCCCGCCGCCCCCGGGGGCUGGCUCUACCCAGCCAAGCUCUCGGCGGCGCUGCCCAAGUACCGCGAGCUGCUGCGCACUCGCAGCACCAGCAACAGCGGCGGCAUGGAUGAGAGCAGCAGCUUGUUCCAGCAGGCCAAGGAGCGGGUGCUGGCUCGGGCUGCUGCCCGCCGCGCCGCCGUCUCUCGCGUCGACCCACGCCGCGCCUUUGGGCGCGUGCAGGAGCGCUGGGCGGCCACCCGCCUGCGCCUUCGCGACCUCAAGAACGAGCAGAAGGAGCGGCUGCGCCAGUAUGUGGCCACCGCGGUGGGAGGGAGCAAAGCCCUCGAUAGCAGCAUCAUCAACAGCAGCAGCAGCAGCAGCAAGGGCAGUGCAGGCAUUAGCCACACCGCCGGCCGCUCCAGCGCGGAGCUGGCUGGCGCGCAGCAGGCUGCGGUGACGCAGCAGGCGGCGGCGACGCAGCAGACUGCGUCCCCGGAGGCAGUGGAGGCGCAGGGCGCGCUGGAUGCCGAGGCCGCUGCCGCUGUGAUGGGCGCCGAUGGCCCGCUGAGGCACCUGGUGCUGGCCGGCGUGGGCGGUGCCUGCAAGCUGUUCCUGUCAGCCGGCGCGCGCACGUCUGUGUCGGGGCAGGAGCACAUGGUGGCGGCGCUGGGGCGGGCCCCCACCCGCGGCCUCAUCACCGUCAGCAACCACGUGGGGGCGAUCGACGACCCGCUGGUCACCGCCUCCAUCGUCCCCGCCGGAACGCUGCUGGAGCCGGGCGCGGUGCGGUGGACCCUGUGCGCCACCGACCGCUGCUUUAGGAGCGCCGCGCUGGCGCCGUUCUUCCGCGCCGCAAAGGUGCUGCCUGUGGAGCGCGGCGCGGGGCUGGGCCAGUUUGGGAUGCGGCUGGCGCAGUCUCGGCUGCUGGAGGGGCAGUGGGUGCAUGUCUUCCCGGAGGGAACACGCAGCCGGGACGGCCGCAUGCUGCCCGUCAGGAAGGGCGUGGGCUGGCUGGUGGCCUCUGCCGUGGCGGCCGGCGGCGAGCCUCCCCUUGUGCUGCCCUUUGUGCACAGCGGCAUGGAGAAGAUCAUGCCCAAGGGGAGCGCCCUGCCCAAGCUGGGCCAGGAGCUGCGCGUGCUGGUGGGGGAGCCGGUGGCGGUGGAGGACUUGCUGGCGGCCGCGGUGGCACAGGGCUGGGCCGAGCAGCGCCUGCAGGCCGCCAUCGCCGACCGCGUGGGGCAGGCGAUGUACAGCUUGAAGGCCCGGCUGGAUGGCCUGCCGCUUGAGGAGGUGGCGCCUCAGCCGCGCGCCGCCGCCAUCUCCAUCUCUGAGGACACUCUGCUGCCCCUGAUUGAGGACGAGAUGGACAGCCUGGCGCACCGCUGGCACGACGGCUGGCAGCGCCUCUCCCUUCCCUCCAUCACGCAGCAAGUGCGCCAGGAGGCCGCCUCGCGCCGCGCCAUGCUGCGCUCCGGCGGCGUGUUUGGCGCGGAUGCAACUUUUGAAGAGAUUGCUGCAGCGACGGAGGAGGCUGCGGGGCUCAUGAGCGGCUGGGAGCAUGCAGGCGGUGCGCCGGCCCCAUGGUCUGCCGCUCUUUCAGCUGCAGCAGUGGGGCAUGCAGGCGGUGCAGCUGCUGCCUGGAAUGCCGCGGCACCUGCCUCUGGCACGCAGCCCCUGCUGCUGCUGCGCCAGAAGCUGCGGCUGCUGCGCGGUGGCGCGCUGUCUGGCGCGUCCGCCCCACUUAGUGCUGACGCUGGCAGCAGCGGCAGCAGUGUGGACGCCACCACCACGCCCAGCAGCAGCAAUGGCAGCAGGGCUGCACUCGCGGCAGCGGCCUCUCCUCUGGACUUGGUGGCAGCCAGGGCGUCGGCAGACGGCGCCAGCGGCGGCAGGCUGGCCGCUUUGCUGGCUGUUGCUGCAGGCUACUCUGCAGCACGCAUGGCUCACAUGCGCGAGCUGCUCCUGCCAGCUGAUGCUGCUGCCUCGGGCUCCCCUGCCGCCGCCUGA